GCUCCUCGCCCGAAGGAGCCGCAGCCGGGACUGCCCGCCGGCGGAGACCGCCUGUCUCUCCGGCGCCACCGCGGAUCCCGCCAGUCUCCUCGCGAUAUAAGAAGUACAAAAACUAACAAUGAGUGAACCAGACCAUGGAACAUCUUCUACAACUAGGAUUAGUGGUGCAGAAAAGCUGGUUGUUCCUAUGGGAAAUGGUCUCUGCAGCCGGAAGUAUAGACCUGUUGACUACAAACACCUCUAUCAACUUGCUGCAGCUGAAAAAAUGGCAUCUGAAAAAAUUCAACUAAAGAUUAAAAAAACAGAGCAAGUUUCAAAAACCAGCAAAGAGCAAAUGCUGCUGAAACAGCACCAGCAAGUGUGGUGGCAAGAGCACAAACUACUGAGUGAGACCAGGCAAAAAACAGAAGCAGAACUACUGACUUUUCUUGAUGAAGAAAGCCAUAAACACAAUUUUUUUUUGGAUAUGAGGGACUUGGAGCAAAAAUUAUCAAAGGAACGAGAGACUUACCAAGCAAAUACUGUAGUUCCUGUCUGGCAACUAAAAGAGAAUUUGAAAUUGAAGCUGUCUGAAAUGCAAUGUUACCUCUCAGAAGAAUCUUGUCGGAAAUCUAAGUUCAGUCCAGUUGAGAUGUUACAGCAGAUUAAAUUUGUGAAGAAGCAACAGAAGGCAGAUUUGGAAUUCCUUAUCCUUGAAAGUCAUGCUUUGGAAAGAGAGCUUGAAGACCAUAAAACAGAAGCAUUAGCACAUACUUUUGAAGAGAAAAAAAGAAUUUUCCUUGAAGUUCCUUCAGUACUACAGUCUUUGGAAUACCCCAAUGGUGAUUUGAAGACCUUAGUUAUCAAUGAAUACCAAAAGCUUGCACGUGGGUACUGGUCUAAGUUUCAAGAGAUUGAUCAACAGUUGAAAAAUUUGUAUAGGAGCCUUGAAUGGACUGAAGAAGAUCAGUGGGUUUUUCAGACUGUUGUCAAUCAGUAUUCAAGAGGCUGUCAGAGGAGGAGGACCUUGUACCUCGAUGCACUGCAGAGAUACCUUCCUCACAAAUCCAGGCAGGAGCUGGUUGUGUAUGAGAAAGCUUGGCAUCAUUACCAUUUUAUCAGGAACCAGUGCAGAGCCUUGCUGCUAAGCUGGACUCAAGCUAGGAAAGCCUUUUUACUGAAGGCAGUGACCACUGUUGCUGAAGCCUCAGCUGCUCAUGAGACAGAAGCAGUGUGGGCUAACACCAGACAAAAGCAACAGGAGAUCUGUGCUGACCUGAAAGCAAAGGUUGUACAGUGGAAAACACAGCAGGAAGAAGCUGCUAAACUAGAAGCUGCAGUGGCUGCCAGAAGAAAAGAACAGAGGGAUGAGAAAGAGAGGCUUCAGAAAGAGCAGGAAAGAAUUCGCAGAGCUCAGGAGAAAGAGAAAGUGAAAAACUACUGGGCUGAGAAACAGCUCAAGUGGCAAGAACUGGAAGAGGAAGAUCUACGACGUAUGGAGGAAUUAAGAAGAUUAAUGGCUGAACAAGCAGUUAAAGACAGGGAAAGAGUGAAGUUCAGACAAGCAUUACUGGAGAGACGUUUGCUGGAGCAGAAGGAGCUGUCCCUGCAGGCAGCCCGGGAGCAGGAGCAAAGGGAGAAGUGCCUGGAAGCUCUGCGGCAGCAGGUUGCAGUUGUUGCACAACCAGACCCAGCCCGAGCAGUGGCUGGCACAGUGGCAUCCAGAGCUCGGGUGGGCAUUGGGACCACAGAAGAAUUUGAUCUUCAGAAGCCACUGUUUAAAUUGCACACAUACAGUGAGCAGCAGAUCAUUUCUGACCCCAGAUUUCGUGUUGAACUAGCUCUUCGAGAAGCUGGACUUCAUAAAACACUUUAUGCAAAAGAGAUUUUACCAAAAAUUCCUCCACUGAAGCUUCCAAGAAGAGAUAUGGAAUCUACAGCUUUUAAAAUGUAGAGCACCUCUUGUAUCAGGGGUAUUUUCUGACCUAUAAUGACAAUUUUAAAUAAAUUUCCCUUAGGCUGUGUGAUA